GUACUUCUCUUGUCUACCACAGUGUUUGACGCACAGGUCAGCUCUCGACAUGGAGCCCGUGCCUGUCGAGCGUCUCGGCAUGUAUAUGGAGGAUGCGUUUACAGUCUCCGACACAAGCGCCAUUGAGCGGCUUCGAGAAUUCUCAAACCUGCAAGAACUAAGCAUGGACCAGGUGUCCAUAUAUAGCCCGUCAGAUACGGGUCCAGAAAUCCACCCGGGCCGCUUGUGCCGGCUUCUGCCGCCGAUGCUGCGGAAGCUUCGCAUCAUGUACGUCUAUAGGGGUAUGGGCAAGGACAUUCAGGUCCUGCGAAACCUGGAAUGGAUGAAAUGA